AUGGGUAACCAGAUGAGUGUUCUACAGAGAGAAGAAGACCCAGAGAAUGAAGCAGAAGGAGAGACUUACAAGGUGGCAGAGGACAGUCAGUGCGCUCCAAAUGGGGUCACGGUGGUGGUGUCAACCCACACCGUCCAACACUUCGAUGAAGUUGACUUGGGAAGAAGCAUCAAGGAAGAUAAUGUGGCCACUUCUUCCCCCAAGACGACGGCGACGAACGCUGCUGCGGAUGCCAACGGAAAGAAUCUUGGGAAGGAGGCCAAACCCGAGGCACCAGCUGCUAAAUCGAGUUUUUUCUUGACGCUCUCUCGGCCUGUACCAGGACGUACCGGAGACCAAGCCACGGAUUCAUCCAUUGGGUCAGUGGCGCUCAAUGUCAGCUCCAGCGAAGCUUCGGCAGACAAAGGCCCGAGUGACAGCCGGGCGCUUCCGGGAGCAGGUGCAGCCGGCCACGCAGCAGAUAAAACCCCCGGGCCCGCCACGGCCGGCCACCAGGCCCUCCCCGCCGCCACGUGGGACCCCGCGCCGCUCCCACCGGAGGCCGAGCGAGCAGCGCCCUCCAAGCCCAAGGACUCCAGCUUUUUUGAAAAAUUCUUCAAACUGGACAAGGGACGGGAAGAGGUGCCUGUGGAGAGCCGGCAGGACCCCGAGAGGGCGGCGCGCCCAGGCGAGGAGGGCGAGGUCCCUGGAGCGUCUGGCCUGUCUCAUGCUGCCCCCGGAGGGAAGGACUUAGUCGGAGGCAAAGGAAAAGAAGAAGAACUAGGAACCGUGAAUUGUUCUGUCCCUGGGGACACAGAAGGGCCGGACAUUGCUAAGGACUCCCGGACGACGGAGGCAGAGGAGAGUGAAAAUUCCAUCAUGAGUUUCUUUAAAACUCUGGUUUCACCUAACAAAGCAGAAACAAAAAAAGACCCAGAAGACACGGCAUCCAAAGCAGAGAGUGUGUGUGAUGGACAAGCCGGUCAGAAGACCUCGGAGAUCCAGGCUAAAGGCACCAGGAAAAAGCACCUGGAUAGCCCCAGGCUAGGACUUGCCUUUAGAAAAUUCUUUAGGCACAAGGGUGCUGAAAAGUCACCCACCACUUCCACCGACCUUAAGUCAGACAAAGCCAACUUUACACCCCAGGAGACCCCCAGGGCAGCCAAGAAUCCCAAAGGCAGCAACUCUUCAGGUCACGUGCAAUCUGCGACGUCCCCUGAGACGGUGAAGGAAGGUGUCAAGGAGAAAUCGGGACCCACCUCUCUGCCUCUGGGCAAACUGUUCUGGAAAAAGUCAGUUAAAGAGGACUCAGUCCCCACAGGUGCAGAGGAGAACGUGGUGUGUGAAUCACCAGUAGAGAUUAUAAAGUCGGAGGAAGUAGACUCAGCCUUACAAACAGUGGAUCUCAGCGAAGGGGGUGCCGCUACGCCCGAACCCGGGGAAGUAAAACUCAGAAGAGAAGACAGCAAACCUCCAAGAACCUCGCUGAUGGCGUUUCUCAGACAGAUGUCAGUGAAAGGGGAUGGAGGGAGCACCCGCUCAGAAGAAAUAAAUGGGAAAGACUCCAGCUACCAAACAGCGGACUCCGCAGAGAAGCCAGUCACCCCGCCAGAGCCAGAACCCACCGGAGUCGCGCCGAAGGGCAAAGAGGCCUCCUCCAAGGACAAGAAGUCGGGGGCCGAGGGGAGCAAGCGCAAGAACAGCAAGCCCGAGGCCAGAGAGUCGGCGCAGUGCCCGGGGCCGGCCGCGGGGGACGCCAACUCCAACUCCCUGCCGGACGGAGACAAGCCCCAGAAGAGGCCCGAGAAGCGGCGGCAGUCCCUGGGCGGCUUCUUUAAGGGCCUGGGACCAAAGCGGAUGUUGGACGCUCAAGUGCAAACGGACCCUGUAUCCAUCGGACCAGUUGGCAAAUCCAAGUAA